AUGGGCAACCUUUUGUCGGCCACGUUAACGGAAAGCGAGAUUGAACGCCAGAAGAACGCCGAGGGAAUGAAAAUGACGCUGGAUCCACGAGGCAAAGCCGACAUAAUUAUGAUUACCAUCAUUUCGAUAGUCUACUCGUUUGACUUUUUGGCGGUCUUGUACAUGUUUUGGAACAGAAAAUACGCCCCAAUAAAGUCUAAAAAUAUUACUAUUAUGGCGCUAAUUGUGGCCGUAUCCGUUGUGUGGUUUGUUGGUGACCUGCAGACCAACGGACACGUACCUGUGGCUGGCACGCACUUGGUAAACUGCAUGGCGUUCGGAAUUUGGAUGCGUACUAUAAUAGGUGCGUGCGGUAUGCUCUCAUUAAUCGCGUUUAGAGCGCAUGGUCUGUACCGCGUCUUCUACCUACACAAGCCGUACCACGGGUUGGGCCUAUAUUUGCCGUUCAUCAUCUACUGGGUGUGCGCGUUGGUCGUUGGUCUAGUUUCGCAGUUCCUGAAAUCAUCCAUGACAACUGAGUUUAACCCGGAUCUCGACGUUUGCAGUUUUAACCAAAAAUUCCAAAUAGCCAUAUUCAUAUUCCUGUGGGUAACCGUGGCUCUUAUGUCAGCCGUUCACUGGAGGAUUCGCAAGAUCAAGAGUUCGUUCAACGAGAGCCGCGAAAUGCUAGUUACGUGCGUGAUCAUAUCGGCUAUACUUUUGUAUGUGACGAUCAUGAACUACGUGCGUCCAAGCUACCCGCUGGACGUUCGCCUACGUAUUAUAAACACGUGCAUGGACCAUUUUGCAACCAACGCACUGUGGUGGCAGAUUAUGUGGGCGCCUCUUUUCAAAUGCAUGUUUGAUCGGCAGCGAUACCUUGAUCAGUGGACCUACAAGCUGCGAAAUGACGGAUUCCAAAGAGAGUACGAGAUCAAUUCAGGCAGCGUUGGUUCCAACAACAUCAUAUCUCAGAUGCGAGCAAGCUUUGCAGGGAAGAAGGAAGGCGGCGUGUUUUACGCAAUUGACGAUAAAAUGUACAAUGGAAAUGAUGUCAAUUUUAGUGAUAAUUCACACAGUGCGCUUUCCCAGACCUCCACUUCUCCCAUGGUAGGCAACGGGGGUCUUGUCCGCGGACAAUCGACUCGGCCGUCAACUUCAACAAAGCGCCACCAUGAAGAUGUUUUAAUUGAAAUUAUGAUGGAAGAAUCAAACGGAGACAGUACGCAGACCAACACUUUGCAGCCCAAGUCGCAGUUGUACACACCGAUCUCGUUUCCUGACGUUGCAAACACAGCUCCACUAAAGUUGGGCGAAGCUCACAAUAGACACUUGGGCUAUGUCGAUCCCAAUGAGCGCAAACUCGUCUAA